AUGAGGAUUCUGUGCCUGCACGGUCGAGGAACCAGCGGGUUCAUCUUCAAGUCCCAGACGUCCUCCUUCCGCAGCAUGCUCGAAGAUCUGGAUAUCGAAUUCGAGUGGCUGGAUGGCGCGUACCCCGACAAGGCAGCACCAGGGAUCGACCUGUUCUACGACCCGCCCUACUACUCCUUCUACCCGGCCGACACGCUCGAGGCGCUGGCGGUGACGCGCCGCUGGCUGGACAACCACCUUGCACAGUCGGGUCCUUACGACGCGGUGAUGAUGUUCUCGCAGGGGUGUGUGGUGGGAUACUCUGCGCUGCUGCACCAUGAGAUCGAGCAGAGGACGAACGGGGCCAGCAGCAGCAGCAGCAACACCCCGCCGCCGUUCAAGGCGGCGAUCUUCAUCUGCGGCGGACCCCCGCUGCAAGAGCUGGAGAGUCUCGGCUUUCACAUCUCGGACGAGGUGCAGGCGCAGGAUACCCGGGCGCGAGAGGCCCUCGCCGCGCAGGCGGACUCGGCGGCCAUCCUCAAGCAGGGCGGGGCGCGGUGGGCGGGUGUCGCAUCUGAAGAUGAGAAGCCGGAGGAGGAGCUGCGGCAGCAGAUCACCGGUCCCUAUAAAGUUCGCAUUCCUACGGUGCACAUCUACGGGACCAAAGAUCCCCGGUAUGCCGCUGGUGUGCAGCUGUCGGGCCUGUGUGAUGAGAGCCUGCGUCGUACCUUCAACCACCAGGGCGGGCAUGAGAUCCCCCGGAUGGAGGCAGUGAGCCGUCAGAUUGCGGACAUGGUGCGCUGGGCUCUCAAGGAGUCAGCGCUUGUGUGA